UCCACGCCCGCACACCCUCAACACCGCCCAGAGUCCUGGAGGCCGGUCUGGCGAGGCCGCAUCUUUGCUCGGGCUCGCUCUAUUCUUCGCUGCCACCAUGCUGCGGCCGGCCACGCCCCUAUCUAUUCUAUUCUUCGUCGCCUUCGUACUGCUGCUCCUCUCCACGCUCUCGACGCCCAUCAUCAAGGCCAUCCCGCUCGCUACCUUCCGCGGCGUGAACUUUGGCGUCUUUGGGUACUGCGAGAAUGGCAGCUGCGACGGGCCCAUGAUCGGCUACGACACCGAUGGCCUCUUUGCCAAUGCCCCCGACGACGAGUUCUCCCUGCCCUCGGCGACCCGACAUUCGCUCUCCUCCAUCCUUAUCGUGCAUCCGGUGGCCGCCCUGAUGACGCUGAUAUGCUUCUCGCUCGCUGUCGCCGCACACUUCCACUCUCCGGCCCACUCGCCGCGCUACCUCCUCGCGCUCCUCAUCCUCACAUUCCCGACGCUCCUCGUGUCGCUACUCGCCUUCCUCGUCGACAUUCUGCUGUUCGUUCCGCACAUGGCAUGGGGAGGAUGGAUUGUUUUGGCAGCCACCAUUAUCAUUGUCGCGAGUGGAGUGGUAACGUGCGCUAUGAGGCGGACUCUGGUCAGUCGCAAAGCGAGGAAGAAGAGGAUAGCAGAGAACGCAGAUAUGAACGGCGAGAAUUACUACACGAACCGUAACGCUGUUGCCGCGGUGGCUGAGACCUUACCAAAGGCUGAAUCACCGCCUCCGAUGUCUAGCGACACGAUGAUGUCCGGAGGAGACAAGAUGCCUCGGUUCGCAACCUUCGAGCUCCAACAGCAGAACGCGCAGGAUGACACAAUACCACUUAACGCCCGGAAUCCUUCGCUUAAGACGAACAGCAGCGGGGGGAGGGAUGGCUCAGACAGGUCAAACCCAUCACGAGGUCCCUCAGGCCGCGGACGCCAGCCGGUUGACCAGUACGGAAACCCGAUCCCGCCGAUGCCAAACGACCCGUAUAUGAUGCAGAACCCAGCGCGCAUGGGCCCACCGCCGAAUAGAGGAGGACCGUACGCGCGUGGACGAGGUUACCCACCAAGAGGUGGCUACGGUCCUCCAAGAGGCGGAUACGGCCCACCACGAGGAGGUAUGCGAGGCCCGCCACCACCAGGAUGGAAUGGGAACGGAAGAGGGAUGCGCGCUGGACCUGGACCUGGACCUGGCCCAGGUCUUAUGCCAGGACCCGGGCCCAUGGGUCGAGGUGCCCCACCACCUGGAUACAACAAUGAUUACUACGUGCAAGGUGUGCCGCCGCGCCGUGAAGUCUCACCGUAUGCCCCUCGAGGCACGUCGCCGCCUGCUCCAUUGCAGCCUCCAAUGCCGAUCGGGCAAGCCAUUGAGAUGGAUUCGCGGACCGGUACUCCUCCGGUGAACGGUCAGAAUUAUGGUCUGAGAGAGAGUGACGGGGAUGUUCAAGGAAUGCUCGCUCUGCAGCAGGGUGGUUUCCCAGCUCAAGCUCCACAACGCCGACCCUCAGGGCCCAUGAGCCCGUCGAGUGCAUAUUCGCAGCACGAGGAGCAGCAAUAUCUUCCAGCGCGAGCAAACUGGAACCAGAACCCAAAUAACCCGUCAGACCAGACGCUGCCGACCACUAGCAGCAGCAACAGCCGUGGCCUCUCACCGAUCCAAGACUCUCCCGUCGAAUUGCCUGCGCAACUAUCGACGGUCGGCAUGCCCAACAAUGACAGGAGUUCGGACUACUACGAGGACGUGGACCCUAGGUUCGCCGAGCCUGUGAACAACCCACCUAUGCCAGCUUCGUUAAUGCCGGGCGGCCCCAAUCCUAAUCUCAACGUUUCCAAUCCCUCCCUCAACACGAGCGACCCAAACCUAUUACGAACCUCUUCGUACGAAGACAUGGCUGAUGGGUCUCGAUCGCCGGCAGCAUCAGAAGCGUCUCACUUUACGUCCGUGUCACAACGCGGCGUAAAUCCCAACUGGCGACCGCCGCCCGGCCCUCUUGUGCCAGGACCGUAUGGCCCGUACGGGCCACGGCGUCCGAUGAGACCAGAAGACGUGAUUCUAGAGGCUAACGCUGCGAACCCCGACUUCGCCAUACCGGGAGCUGAACUUGGGCGGGGACGAGGAAGAGGCCGAGGUGGUGGUGGCCGUGGCGCACCACCCGCCACUGCAAUGGACAACAUGGGCUUGGGGAAUCAAGGCCGAUACCCCGGCGCUAGUGCCAUAUAGUGUUGGACCUAGCGCGACAUACCGAUGCCCAUGGGAUCUAUCAUCUAUUUUGAACCAGCUGAGGACUGGUUUCUCCGUUUCGACGCUGCGGUCUGGUCAUCGCUCGUAGCGACUGUCUUUACCCUACCCACGCUUCCCUUCACAACUUCUCUGUUCUCAGCUGGCGCUGUUGUUCCGAUAUCCGAUAUCCGGUAAUCGAAUAUCAUUCGACAUGUCG